CACCGCGAUUUUUACACUAAGUUCUGCUGAAAAUCUCAAUCAACAAAGACGCAUUAAUCACGUACGAUUUCACCCACGAUCAUGCAUUCGAUCAUAAUAUUACUGUCGACAUUGGUGGCCUUCAUCGCCGCAGAGAGCAUUUUAAUGACAGAGGUUUUUGUCAUUCCCAUCAGACCCGAGAUUUUUGAUUGGAAUACAGAUGGACAUUCCGAUCAAUUUUCGUAUCAACCAUCCUUGCUAAAUGCUCCCGAUCUCCCGUCAUGGAUACAUUACACCUACAGCAAGAAGGAUCAUCACGGCUUUUUAUAUGGCGUCGCACCCAAAGAUCAAAAGUACUUUCAGCUGGAGAUCGUGGGGUUGAAUAAACAUACUUACGAAACUCGUUACAAAGUGCUUGAUAUGAACGUACUUGAAAGAGAAAAUCUGACAAAGUACGAAGUAUACUUAAAAAUCGACAAUCUCAACGUUGAGGACAUGUUCAAUCAAAAUCGUACUCAAAAGCUCCUCGAUAUAUUCAGGAAAAAGCUAUGGAAAGGCGCUGCGGACUUGUACGUCACUUUUUUGGCGUCUGCAAUCGAGCUCGGAGCUCGUUUACCCCUGAAGCCCAGCGAAGGUGAAGGAGUUGUCGUGAGACUGGGUAGUACCGUACCAUUCUCGCAGGAAUUGAACGAAUUGCAAGAGGAAGUCAAACCGUUAUGGAAAAUGCCGUCAUGCCCCAGAGACUUCAAGAGGACCAGCGUAGAGAUACUCUUCCGAGAGGCUGAAUUCAGAUUAGAUUGGUGUUCCUUCAGAUUACUAGAGGAAGAUCAACAGAGUCUGCAGCACGAGAGUGCCCGAAGGGGCCCCAGCGCGAAUGUCGUGGAUCUGCCCUCUUCCGGCAUUUCCGAGCACACAGAAUGGCGGUGGGCCCGUUCAACGAAAGCUAGCAUACCCACUAGAAGUUAUUUCAAGGAAAUUGUUACCACGAUUUUCAUACCAGUUGUACUGCUUCUCGUACUGGGCGCCUUGCUUAGCACCGCUUUCUGUCUACAUCACGAGAAAAUGACGGAUCCGGAGUCAGAUGAAUAUUUCGAUGAACUCUUUAAUAUUUUCCUUUUGAGAGAACAACCUGUCAGAGAGAAACGGGAACCUACGCCGGGAGAAGGAGUUGGAAACAAUGGAAUACAAAUGGUUCAGUAUGCUGUGCCAGAAAGAGGUACUCUGAAAUCAUUGUCAGCUCAGCCACCAAGUCCGAAUGAUUCCCUAUCGCGAAGUCCAAGAAUCUCUGGUGAACGUUGCAAUCCAUAUAUUCGUCCAAAUCCGCCGCCCUACGCCGGACCAAGCAACUUUGCCGGUUUACGCGCCGAUUUCUGACUACACGAGCAGCCCGCGAAAACCUGGUUCUGCUAAGUGAAAUAUAAUUCGCGGGUGGCUUUCAACGACGAUCCGAGAAAGGUAUGAGCCGAGUAUUGCAAACUCAUCGAAACCAGCUCCAAAUUUGCAAGUUGAAUCACAUCAAAUACGCACGUCGCUUAUUAUCGGUAACCAUAAACACGUAUUGCGUCACGCCUUCCAAGCAAUAUAUCAGCGGUUUGUUACGAUACAUUAAGUGUUCCCUCUGGGAAGUCGAUUUACGUUAAAAAAAUUUUUCGGAAUUUUAUUUUAAUAGAAUAGAAUAAAAUAAUAAAUAGAAUAGAGAGAGAUGCGUUACGAUUAUACUUAUA